AAGACACAGAAAGGCGCAACAGCAGCGAGACACUGCCAGUUGCCACCCAAAGGAAAGGGAAUCGCUCGGCGUCUUCCCUUCUCCGCCUCCCCUCCCCUCGCCUCACUCACUCAGCCGAGCCCCACAUUCCUCCCGCCGCGGCCGCGCUCUCUCCUUUGCGUCCGACCAUGGCCUCGCCGCCGGAGGAGGAGGAGACGCGGGCGCCGACCAAGUACGUGCUGAUCACCGGCGGCGUCGUCAGCGGCCUCGGCAAGGGCGUCACCGCCAGCAGCGUCGGCGUCGUGCUCAAGUCCUGCGGCCUCCGCGUCACCUGCAUCAAGAUCGAUCCAUACUUAAACACUGAUGCUGGUACUAUGUCUCCCUUUGAGCAUGGUGAGGUGUUUGUGCUUGAUGAUGGUGGAGAGGUGGACUUGGAUUUAGGGAAUUAUGAACGUUUCUUGGAUGUUACUCUGACGAGAGAAAAUAACAUUACGACUGGAAAGAUAUAUCAGUCUGUCAUUGAGAAGGAGAGAAAGGGUGACUAUCUUGGAAAGACUGUCCAGGUUGUUCCUCAUGUAACUGAUGAAAUAAAACACUGGAUACAAUCAGUGUCCUCUGUUCCUGUGGAUGGGCAGACUUGUCCAGCUGAUGUUUGUGUUAUUGAAUUGGGAGGCACUGUCGGUGAUAUUGAAUCAAUGCCAUUCAUUGAAGCUCUACGCCAGUUGUCAUUUUCUCUUGGUAAGGACAAUUUCUGCCUCAUACAUGUGAGCCUUGUUCCAGUAUUGGGUGUAGUUGGUGAGCAAAAAACAAAGCCAACACAACACAGUGUACGAGAAUUAAGGGCCUUGGGUCUGACUCCUGAUCUUCUAGCAUGCCGAUCAGCACAGCCAUUAAUAGGAUCCGUAAAGGAGAAGCUCUCACAAUUUUGUCAUGUACCGGUUGAGAAUAUACUUAACAUCCACGAUGUUCCAAACAUAUGGCAUGUUCCCCUUAUUCUCAGAAACCAAAAGGCUCAUGAGGCUAUAAUUAAACAACUAAACCUUGCCAGGUCUGCGGGACCCCCUGAAUUACUAGAUUGGACGCAGAUGGCUGAAUCUUAUGAUAAUCUCAGCAACUCUGUUAAAAUUGCUUUGGUUGGGAAGUACACGAAUCUGACAGAUUCUUACUUAUCAGUGGUGAAGGCACUCCUACAUGCCAGUGUUGCGUGUUCACUGAAACCUUCUAUUCAAUGGGUUGCAGCUUCAGAUCUUGAAGAUGCAACUGCAGCGACUGCACCUGAUGCACAUUCUAAAGCCUGGGAAACUCUUAAGGGUUCCUCAUGCAUUUUGAUACCUGGAGGUUUUGGGGACCGUGGAAUAUCUGGGAUGAUAUUGGCUGCAAAAUAUGCUCGUGAGAAUAAAGUUCCAUACCUUGGCAUUUGCUUGGGAAUGCAGAUAUCGGUGAUUGAGAUGUCCAGACAUGUUUUGGGCCUAGGAGAUGCAGACAGUGAAGAGUUCAACACGGACACACCAGAUCGAGUUGUCAUGUACAUGCCUGAGGUUUCGAAAACACAUAUGGGAAACACCAUGAGGUUGGGUUGCCGGAGGACAUUCUUUCGCAAAGAAGAUUGUCUUACAUCAAAAUUAUAUGGAAGUCCUCCACAUGUCGAUGAGCGUCAUCGUCACAGAUAUGAGGUCAAUCCUGCCUUUGUUCCUGAGCUUGAAAAUGCAGGCCUUCAGUUUGUUGGUUGUGAUGAGAGUGGAAAUAGAAUGGAGAUUGUUGAGCUACAAGACCACCCAUUUUACAUAGGUGUUCAAUUCCAUCCAGAAUUCAAGUCAAGGCCUCGAAGACCUUCGCCUCCAUUUACAGGUCUAAUGUUGGCAGCAACUGAACGCAUGAGAACACAUACAAAUAUCCCCAAUGGUGGUGCUGGAGCUUCAGAGUAAUGUCAUUUACCAUCAGGCAGAGGCGUGGAGUUCAAGCAAGCAUCGGCUUGUUGAAGCUAUUUGGGUCACAUAUAGUCAUGUAGCUGAAAUGUACCUAAGCUGAGAGAGAUGUUUUCUUAAGAGAGUCUGAUCAUCAUACAUCUUACCCGCUCUAAGCUUCGAUAUUUGGUUGGCUGCUCUGAACUUAGCUUUCUGAUCUUUUAGCUGAACCUAACAUGCCAAACACCUGUUGAUUUCUUGUAUAUCCAAAGUUAUUUGACAUGCC